GGCGCCGCCCGAGUCGAGAGAGCGCGCGGGCGGGCGGGCACAGCGCGGAGAGCUGCGGCUAUUCGGGCGCGGCGCCUGGCAGGACAGCGACCACUGGGCAGCAUGGCUCCCGCGGAGAAGAUCAAGGCCAAGAUCAAGAAGACGCUGCCCGUCACGGGCCCUCAGGCCCCCACCCUGAAAGAGCUGAUGCACUGGUACUGCAUGAACACCAACACCCACGGCUGCCGGCGCAUCGUGGUCUCUCGGGGACGUCUACGCCGGGUCCUCUGGAUCAUCCUGACCUUGACAGCCGUGGGGUUGAUUCUGUGGUAUUGUGCCCAGCUGAUCCUCAACUACUACACGGCCUCCGUCUCCGUCACAGUGCAGUUCCAGAAGCUGCGCUUCCCAGCUGUGACCAUCUGCAACAUCAAUCCUUACAAGUACAGUGCCAUAAAAGAACACCUUGCCGAACUGGACAAGGAGACCAUGGCAGCCCUGGAGUCCUUGUAUAAUUUCUCAGGGGCAGGAAGCAAGCCACGGGAACGCCGGGAGGUGGGCAGGCAGCACCCCGAGAAGAGCAAGUUUCUCAUGCGGUUUCCCCUGAUGAAACUGGAUAGCCUCCACGCCAAGCCCACCGUCAAUGUCUCCGCUGGGUACAAGCGGCGGAUCAGCGCUGGCAUCAUCUCGGGCAGCUCCAGCAUAGUCAACGUCAGAAGCCCCCAAGACGUUGUGGGCUUCCAGCUGUGUGACACCAGCAACAAGAGCGACUGUACCCUGUACACGUUCAGCUCGGGUGCCAACGCCAUCCAGGAGUGGUACAAGCUGCACUACAUGAACAUCAUGGCUCAGAUCGAUGCGGAGGAGAAGGAGAGGAUGAGCUACUCAGCAGAGGAGCUGCUGCUGAGCUGCUUCUUUGACGGGGAUUCCUGUGACGCCAGGAACUUCACCUCCUUCCACCAUCCUCUCCAUGGAAAUUGCUACACCUUCAACAGUGGGCAAGAGGGGAAGAUCCUGACCACGUCCACAGGGGGCAGCGAGAACGGGCUGCAGGUGAUCCUGUACAUAGAAGAAGCCGACUACAACCCCUUCCUGGUGACCUCCACGGGAGCCAAGAUUGUCAUCCACGAUCAGGACGAGUACCCCUUCAUUGAGGAUAUCGGCAUUGAGAUCGAGACAGCCACGGCCACCUCCAUCGGGAUGCACUUUACCACAUCCCACCGUCUCAGCCGCCCAUACAGCAACUGCACGGAGGACGGAGCUGAUGUUCCUGUGAAGAACCUCUACAAUAAAAGCUACUCAUUGCAGAUCUGCCUGCAUUCCUGUUUCCAGACUUCGAUGGUGGAAACCUGCGGAUGUGCUCAGUACGCUCAGCCCUUGCCUGAUGGAGCCGAAUUCUGCAACUAUAAAAAAUACCCCAAUUGGAUGUACUGCUACUAUAAGCUGCACGAACGGUUUGUGAAAGAGCAGCUGGGCUGCCAGCAAAUCUGCAGAGAAGCUUGCAAAUUGAAGGAGUGGGCCCUCACCACCAGCCUGGCCCAGUGGCCGUCCAGCGUGUCUGAGGGAUGGAUCCUUCAAGUUCUCUCUUGGGACAAAGGCCUGAACGGCCACAAGAUGUUAAACAAGACAGACCUGGCAAAUCUCGUGGUGUUCUACAAAGAUCUGAAUGAGAGGUUCAUCACCGAAAAUCCAGCCAACAAUAUUGUCCUGCUCCUAUCCAACUUUGGGGGCCAACUGGGGCUGUGGAUGAGCUGCUCGGUGGUCUGUGUCAUUGAGAUUGUGGAGGUCUUCUUCCUGGACACGCUCUGCAUUGUCCUGCGCCAGCAGUGGCAGAAGGCCAAGCGGUGGUGGAGAGGGCAGUCAAGCACACAGGACCGAGAAGAGGAUGAUGGCGCACCCCCAACCAGCCCAGAGCAAGGCUACCACAACGCUGCCUGCACCCAGGAUGACGAUGACCCCCCCACCUUCAACACGGCCAUGCGGCUGCCCCCACCCCAAACGCCCCCACCCAACUAUAACACUCUGCGACACAUCAGCCCCUUUUCGGAGCAGUUGGCAGACACCCUGGAAGUCAGGGCCCAGUGAGGCUAGCGGUCUCCACGGAAAGCCCCAGGAUUUGGGUUGCUGCUGGAGGCCUGAAGCCACACACCAGCAACACAGCAAUUCCCUGUGCAAGAGACUCGAUCGGGUGUGUGCUUUCCCUUCACCUCUGCCCUUGUGGGGUGCCUGCUGUUACCACACGUGAGGAUGGCGGACAGGACAGUCAGGCAAAAUGGCACCCAGUCCAUGCCCUUGAACUCUGGACAGGAGCUGCCUUCUCUCUCAGUUGGGAAGCCCCACUGGUGGCCAAAUUGCCCCAUCCUGGAGGCCAGUGAGUGGUCCAGGAGAGCUCCAGGCCUCUCUGGGGAGCAGCCAAGGUGUAAGCAUCUAAGGCUGGCUCAUUGGCUGAGGGGGAGGCCAGUUCCUGAAAGGAGGGCAGUUGCUGACCUUAAGUCCUCUGCCUGACUGGCUACAUUUUGCCUGGUCCUGGAAACCCUGCACAGGCCAGCUGCAUUCAGAAGGACAAUGCCCUACCACUCCCUGGAAUGCACCUCCUGCAGCAGCAGCAGCCCCCAAGCCCUGCGACUGUCAGGAAGAUGCAGAGCGCAAGCCGGAGGGAUGGAGGAGGCCGGUUCCUGCACAGCCUUGAGUGCCUCAACAGCGGCCACUGCAGAGGAGGAGAGCCGAGGCUGAAGGCCAAUAAACUUGUCUUUGAUGGA